CACAGUUUUCUUCAUUUAUUAUUAUUGUAAAAAAUAAAAAAAUGUCUUCAUUCUUGAGGAUAUUGUAUAAAGUGAAUAAUUAAUAAACAAUGUUAGACAUCCAGUGGCAAUGGUAUGAUGUUUAACAUAAUUGUGACAAUGUAUACAAAUUAUUUUUAAUAAUGGUAUGUUAAAGAGUAAUCACAAAUAAAAAAUACCUUUUAUGUUUAUUAAAAAUGUCCAGUUAUUAUUUAACAUAAUAACGAAGAUUGUUUUGAAUAAGAAUACACCGACAAAGAAAAAGAAGAAGAAGAAGAAAAAGAAGAUAUAAAUUUUCAAAUAAGGAGGAGGAAAUAUUUUGAAAUCGGAAAUACCUUUAAGUUUAAAACUAGUCGGACUAUUGCAAUUGCUGGGACAAGUUUCGGCGAACUGCAAGAGAAACGAAAGCGCCAAAAGAAGAAACGAUAAAAAAAGAAAUUUAGUUUCAUUAAAAAAAUGACGGGGAAUAAAUUUUUGGGAUUUAUAUUGAUUAUUAAUUUUAGUUUUAAUUAUUGUAGAGCUUACAAUGUGUUAUUAGCAACAAUGGGUGGUACUAAAUCCCACACAGUGCCUUUUGUAGCUUUGGGAACGGCCUUAAGAAUUAGAGGUCACAAUGUAACAUUAGUCAGUGCAUUUCCUGGACCAGCAGCCAACAACGGAUUACGUGAAUUAAUACCAUCUAUAUUUGAGGCAUAUGUGGGUAAUUAUACAGCUGAAUGGGAUCUUGUCGGCUCGAGAUUUCGUAACGAGUUACCACUUUCGCCAUGGGAUGCCAUGAGAUAUGGCUGGGAAUCAUGCGAAGCUUUACUACGUGACGAAAGUUCUGUCGCGGCACUGAAACGUCCUGAAAGCAACGAUAAUUAUGAGUCAAACACUUGGGAUGUUGCUAUUCUUGAUGGAGCCUUUCCAGAAUGUCUUUUGGGGAUUCUACAUGGAGAAAAUAUUCCAACUAUUAUGCUUAAUACAGUUGCGCUUUACGGUGGAUCAAUAUCUCGACAAGGAAAUCCAACACUCUGGUCAUUAACAUCAUACUUUGGUAAAGGAUACACUCAAGAAAUGAAUUUUUUUCAACGAAUUAUUAAUGUUGGAUGUUUAGCUACCUUAGAAGUUAUGCAUUGGAUUAUGACUACGGGAUUUCUUCAGCCAACGUUGAGAAAGUAUUUAGGCGACCAAGUACCAGAUGUAAGAGAAUUGAUAUCUGAAGUGUCAUUGACUUUUCAAAAUAGUCAUUAUUCAGUAGCCGAAUCAAUGCCGUAUUUACCAAAUGUAGUGAACGUUGCUUGUCUUCACUGUCGCCCAGCAAUGGAAUUAAGUCCCGACUUGGAAUCUUUUCUUCGCAAAGGAUUCAUCUUCGUUUCAAUGGGUUCAUCAGUACGUGCCGCUGGUAUGCCAGAUACACUGCGUGAAAUUUUUAUAGCUGCAUUUUCAACAUUGCCAUUUAAUGUUAUUUGGAAGUGGGAAGGCAGUAAAAUAAAUAAUUUGCCUAGUAAUAUUAGAACUGGUGCUUGGUGGCCGCAACAAGAAUUACUUGGACAUCCACAAUUACGUGCUUUUGUGUCACACGGUGGAUUAUUAUCACUCCAUGAGGCUGCGUAUCAUGCAGCACCGACUCUUGUGCUCCCAGUUUUUUGCGAUCACGAUGGAAAUGCUGCUCAAGCUGAAAAAUUGGGAUACGCUCUUGUAAUGAACCUCGCAAGCCUCUCUAUUAAUGAAUUACAUGAAGGUAUACUUAAAGUAGCUGCUAAACGUAAUAAUCCUUACAAAGAAGCUGCAAGACGUAGGAGUAUUUUAUUAAAGGAUCAGCCUUUGGGAUCUAAUGAAUUAGCGACUUGGUGGGUUGAACACGUUGCUAAACACCGAGGAGCUAAUCACCUAAAGAGCCCUACCAGGUUUAUGGGUGUUUUACGAUAUUAUUCAGUGGAUGUACUGGCUUUUUAUGCAGCUGUCAUAUUUAUUGUGAUUCAAGUAUUUCACAAAUUACUGCGAAGAAGUUUUAUGAAGCAUUCGUUAAUCAUAAAGGGAAAAAUUGAUUGAUUUAGUCAUUUAUGUACAUAUUUUC